AUGGCAAAACGAGAUUUAACAUAUAAUACGCCGAGACAGAGAUAUAAUGAGGAUUUAGGAGUUGAAAAUCCAUUUAUUCUGUCUAUAGGCGAGGAAAGCUCAUUUGAACUGCAUGAUCAUUCGUCUUCUAGUCAGCUGGUAAGUUAUGGUAAAGUUAACAGUCAUAUGGGUAAUCCGGUGUAUGAUGCUGGUUUCAAAAACUAUAAUGGGUACUACUCGAGGAUCACAACAAACAGGAAUUUCAAUGAAUACCCAUCAGAUGAUCGUCAAGAAAUUCGGGGCUCUCCAGUUAUCAUAAACAGUCAACCUUCCCCGAAUAUACAAGAACCACUGGACUAUGAUAGAUAUCCAAAUAUAGCUGGUUCAAAUAUGAUUUCAUCGACGUCACUCACAUCGAAUAUAUACAAUUCUCAGAACUUUCCAAACAUAGAUGACAAUUCUUCCACAUCGAAUAAAUCAAGUAGGCCGCUCUUAGGGUCAAAAGACUUUAAUCCUUUUGGUGGGUACCCUGCAUCAUCUUUUCCGUUACAUAUAGAUGAGAAGGAACCAGAUGAUUAUUUGCACAACCCGGACCCUCUUAAAGAUGCAAUUUAUGACAAGAACAGAUUUUUCUACGACUUGAAAAAUAUGGACAGAAGAUCAUUGGGUGGGUUACUAGGUGUUGUAUUCUUAAUCGUUGCUGCAGUGGUGGUAUUUAUCUUGCUCCCUGUCUUGACAUAUUCAGGUAUUACUGAUCCAUAUACUCCGGAGAGUUACGAAAUUUUGACUUCAUAUCGAUAUCCCUUGUUGAGUGCUAUCAGAUCAG